AUGUUCGAUGAGGCGGACUUCUCAGAAGCCACUAUUUCUCCACGAUUUCCUGCACAGCCUAGGUGGAUGAGUGAGUGCGAAGAUUUCAAGCAGGUGACAAAGCUCCGCGUUCAAGUGGAAGCUGGUGACAUCCUGUGGAUACCCAGUGGUUGGUUUCACACAGUGCGAAGCUCUCCAAAGUCGGUGGCAACCAGUAUUUUCCAUCACGGCAUGGCUGCGGUCCCACAUGGCAUGCUGGUGAGUUUGCUUAAUCCCAAGCAUUUACGAUCCAUUUUUCAGGAAACUCCUGUGAUGGAAGAGGCGCAACACGUAUUGACCGCGAAGAUCUUGAGUGCUUAUCCAGAUCUUGAUUUUCAAGAUGAGGAAGAUGGCCAGGAUGAGAAAGUGAAAGAUCAGGAAGUGGCAGAAUCUUUCAACCGUCAUUUGCACAGAUAUUCAGCUACCUCACGACAGUCACUACAGGAGCUGCAAGGGCCGCAAGUUGUGGGGCGUAGACUGAUCGAAGCGCUCGCGCGGAGGCCUUUAGUAGCGACAUUGGCAGAGGCGCUUGAAAGGCAGUGGCACAAUCUUGUCAGAGAAUCAGACCUUGAUUCGGCCUUGCUUGCUUGGACCAAAAGCGCUGUGAACAAUCUUAGCGCCAGCAGCAAAGCAACGACCAUUUCAGGCUGGCUGCAUGAGAUAUUUCCUGGCUGUUUGGAUGCUGGAUGUGCAGACGCCAUGCGAGAGGUGGCCCUGGUUUCUUCGGAUGGUUGGCUUCGCGGUUGUCGUGAGCAAACCAAGAAAGCAAAGAUGAAGAUAGAGCUCUAG